CGUGUUGAUGGGUCGAGUAGGUGCCUAUGAUGUACCCAGGAGGAUGAGGCGGUGAUGGUGGUGUGGGCGCUCUUGGUCACAGUUACUGCUACCACCACCUGCCGCCGCUGCUCAUUUAGAUUCGCGCCCGUGCUCACACUGCGCUCAUACCAUCAUGCUAUGUCAUGUUACGUCAUUCAUGGAGAGGGAGGUUGGUCUGUUCUGAGAGUUGCUAAUGGGAACGGGUGUGGUGGUGGUGACAGGAGUGAGUGAGUGCGUCUGGAUGUUUGGGUGCAGGGAAGUAUAUACCUUCCUGCGCAGCAGCAGCGGCGCUCUCUCCAUCUCCAUCUCAUCCCCUUUCUCCCCCACUCUCUGUCUUUCACACACUCUUUCUUUCUUUCUUUCUUUCUUUCUUUCUUUCUUUCUUUCUUUCUUUCUUUCUUUCUUCUUUCUUUCUUUCUUUCUCUUUCUCUUUCUCUUCUCCCUCAUGCUGCGCAGCUGGGAUCUCGGCGGGCGGUAUGUGGAAAGAAGACGAUGACAAUGAUGAUGAAGCCGUCAAGAACUGAACUGCGGAAUUUGCAGCUUGAAAAAGAACAAACUGAAUAUAUGAAAUA